GUUUCGUCGGUUGGGUGCUUAGUCAUUUUCAGAUGGUCUUGUCGUUCGUCAGCAAUAUUUUAAUUGGCAAAAUUUUUAGUGUUUCUGGUUAUCGAUUCAUAACUCCUGAUUGUGCAUUUCCUCCAAUCCAUAGGCUGAGGCAACCUAAAGGGCCAUAUUACGAAUAUCUGGUCGUAUACUGCAGAGUGUUCGUUUCGCAAAUAUCGCGCAAGCAAGAACGAUGGGCACAUUAAACGAAUCGCUGAUCCUGGCACUUGAACGUUCCAAUGCCAAGGAAAGUUAUGUCACUGGAACGGAAACACUUCUACGAUUACUGGAUAACAUCAUCCGGGAGCCUGGAAACGAAAAGUACCGAUCGAUACGCCUUGAAAACAAGGCCAUCAAGGAAAAACUGCUGUCCGUUUCCGGAAUGAAGCCGCUUAUGCUGGAGAUUGGCUACGUGGAAGCAAGUGGGAUGCUCACACUACCCGCAAAUGUUGUUAUUGCCAAGCUGCGCAAAUACCGGGAUUUCAUCAACGAUAGAAAAGAAUUAAUGAAAAACCCACCCUCGUCAUCUUCCGGUUCCAUUGGUCCGCAACCCACCUUAUUGGCGACGAAAGCGAAAACGGAAGUGGUCGUUGCACCGAAGCCUGUGAUCCGAGCCGGAAAAUCAUUCCAGAAAAGAAUUGCAUUCCCCAAGAUGAUUAGCUCGCGAAAUGGAUUGCUGCAGCAGCUCGAGCUGCUGUCGGAUCAGGUGAUGCAAUAUGAUGACGAGUUGCUGUUGCAAAGUGGGCGCGAUUUGGUUCCGUUGGAAACUUUGAAAUCACGAGCCAAGGAGAAGCUGCGACAAAUUCAGAAAAUGAUAAAAACCGGAACGUAUCGGGACGAAGAACCGUGGAUGGUGGAUUUGAUUCUGGAAGAGCUGGUGAGUUGGUUCAAGGCGGACUUUUUCCGUUGGGUGAACACGUUGCCGUGUUCGGUUUGCGGCAACGAGAAAACGCAACAGGUGGAGAGCGGCGUGGAGGACGGCGUACGGGUCGAGGUAUAUCGCUGCUGCAACGAAACCAGACGGUUUUACAGGUAUAAUGAUGUGGAAAAACUGCUGCACACGCGCUGCGGUCGCUGUGGCGAAUGGGCCAACUGUUUUACGUUUCUGUGUCGAGCAUUGGGAUACGAAGCUCGGUUCGUUUUCUCAACUGGGGACCAUGUGUGGACUGAGGUAUAUUCCGAUCGUAAACGCCGCUGGAUCCACGUUGAUCCGUGCGAGAACGCAAUCGAUUCUCCGCUGAUGUACGAACACGGCUGGAAGAAAGACAUAUCGUACGUGUUUGCUUUCUCGAGGGAUGACGUGCAGGAUGUCACUUGGAGGUAUUCUAGCCAACACCAGCGGGUCAUCAAAAGCAGGACGAGUUGUUCCGAGAAGGAACUUCUUGAUACCAUUUUGAAAUUGCGAGAUAAACGAAGGGAGAAAGUUUCCGGCCUUAGAUUGAAGUUUCUACGUAGGAGAACUUUGGAGGAAUGUUUGGGGUUGCUCUGUACUCGACCACCAACCCAAGCAGAACUAGAAGGCAGGAGCUCUGGUAGUUUGGAAUGGAGACUCCAACGGGGGGAGCAGAAGCUAAACAGUUUUUACAUUUUCAUUCCCAACGAACAAGAGAUUCAAAGCAAGCAAUUUAAUGUGAGGUAUUCCUGCGCCAAGGAUAACUACGAACGAUUCCUCAUUGGUCCAACGGGACCAGUCAUGACGGAAACCACAAAGGACUGGAAAAGCUGCCAUUACACAAGUGAGAAUAUUUUUCGCAAAGAAGAGCACGACUGGAAGAUGCUUUAUCUGGCUAGAACAGAAGGCACUGCGGUCGGAACAAUUAGCUGGAAGUUUGAUUUCUCGAUUCAGAGCAUGAAAAUCAAAAACAUCAAGGUAAAAUUUGGAAAGCAGACUUACGAAGGAGCCAAUGUUGAUGUUCAAUAUUUGAAGGACGAUGGCACUGCGCUUCCAUCGACACAGAGCCUGAUUGGACUGGGCAAAUUUACGAUACAAGCGAAGCUCAGUGGAGGUCAGAUGUGGCAGCAUGCGCAAAUAUUCCGCCAAGGAAAGUAUGAUGACGGCUAUCCCUUUGAAGUCAGCGUGCAGUUCAUGUAAGACCCACAAGUGCGGCAAGUAGUGCAUUCUUAACGUUUCCUAUUAGAGUAACGGUGAACAGAUUAUUCCAGUUUUGGUACGAGUCAAAUUUUAAAUAGUUAGACAUUAACAUAAGAAAUUUGCUUAAACAAUUUCCAAACAUCUAUACGCGUUCCUUAUUUUAUUAUUCAUUUUAAUUAAAUAUCUUUACACCUUUUUUCAAAUGAUCGUUGUUUAUCCAACUAACGAGCUGUAUGCACUAUGAAGAAAAAAAAACUAGAGGACAGUAAUUACAAUUUUUUAACGAGGCUUUCUCUAGUCGAUUAUAGCAGAAUUUUUCUGGAUUGUGAUUUAAAAUAUAAAUAAUAUAAUGUAUUAACUUUAAAA